UUUAAACCCCAUUUUACAGAUCUCUGUGCUACAGCAACUUUAUUCGUUUUAGUCUUGUGUGCUUUGCUGUCUACUAUUCCUGAAACACCAAUUCAGCGCAUUUUCCAGCAGCGAUCAUUGUGUGAUUGCAGGUUGGGAGGAUGAUGGCUCGAGUAUAUUGCUUGUUGAUUGCUGUUUUGUGUCUGUCCAGAUAUUUAAGCAUUAUAGAUGCUCUUCCAGGAAAAACUGCAGGAAAGCCUGGAAAGUGUCCACCCCGAACAUAUGGGGGAAAAUCCUGUAUCAAAUCCUGUAACCGUGACUCAAACUGUCCCAAUGAUGAGAAGUGCUGCAGCAACGGAUGUGGACGUUAUUGUACGGCUCCAUAUACAGUGAAGCCGGGUCAAUGUCCCAAACCAAAGAUUCAAGCAUGUGCUGAAAGCUGUUUCCAUGAUGGCCAGUGUCCUGACACACAGAAGUGUUGCCCAACCACCUGUGGUCAUGCAUGCAGUGAACCACAUGGUCAAGGUCGCAGAAAUGCUCAAGUAAAAGGUCUAGGAAGUGUUAAGGGAAGUGAUCCGGGAAAUAGUCCUGGUCGCGGACGUGCUGAAGUAAAAGGUCAGGGAAGUGGUAAAGGAAGCGUUAAGGGAAGUGGUCAAGAAAGUGACCUGGGAAGUAGUCCUGGUCGUGGAAGUGUUCUAGUAAAAGGUCAGGGAAGUGGUGAAGUAAGUGGUCAUGCUCAGGGAAGUGGUUGGGGUAGUGGCUGGGGAAGUAGUCAAGGUGGGGGAAGUGGUCAAGGUUUUGGAAGUGGUUGGGGGAGUAGUCAAAGUAGGGGAAGUGGUCAAGUAAAAGGUCAGGGAAGUGGCCAAGGUGGGGGAAGAGGUCAAGUAAAAGGUCAGGGAAGUGGCCAAGGUGGUGGAAGAGGUCAAGUAAAAGGUCAGGGAAGUGGUCAAGGUAUUGGAAGUGGCUGGGCAAGUGGUCCUGGUUGGGGAAGUGGUUGGGGGAGUAGUCAAGGUGGGGGAAGUGGUCAGGGUAGUGGUUGGGGAAGUGGUAGUGCUCAGGGAAGUGGUCAAGGUGGUGGAAGUGGUCAAGGUAUUGGAAGUGGCUGGGCAAGUGGUCCUGGUUGGGGAAGUGGUUGGGGGGGUAGUCAAGGUAGUGGAAGUAGUCAGGGUAGUGGUUGGGGAAGUGGUAGUGCUCAGGGAAGUGGUCAAGGUGGUGGAAGUGGUCAAGGUAUUGGAAGUGGCUGGGCAAGUGGUCCUGGUUGGGGAAGUGGUUGGGGGAGUAGUCAAGGUGGAGGAAGUGGUCAGGGUAGUGGUUGGGGAAGUGGUAGUGCUCAGGGAAGUGGUCAAGGUGGUGGAAGUGGUCAAGGUAUUGGAAGUGGCUGGGCAAAUGGCCCUGGUUGGGGAAGUGGUUGGGGGAGUAGUCAAGGUGGUGGAAGUGGUUGGGGUAGUGGUCAAGGUGUUGGAAGUGGUUGGCAAAGUGGUCCUGGUUGGGGAGGUGGUUGGGGGAGUAGUCAAGGAGGUGGAAGCAGUCCGUGAGGUGGCUUGGGCACUUCGCAUAACACUUACUGGAGCUCUUUUCAAUUCAAUGCUUUAUUCAUAUGGCCUGUUAUUGUCCAUGUUUGCUCAGUAUUUCUCCCCCCACAAAUAAAAAGGAAAAUUGCUUUGA